AUGGCUUUCAGCUUGGGUAUCGCGUAUCACCAGCGCGAACGUGAGAUGGUCGAGAAGCUGACCAGCAUGAAAAAACAAGAGCGGGAUCUCCUUUCGUUGCUGUACGGCGAUGAUUCGGCGAUGCCAUUGGUCAUCGACGUUGCCACGACCUUAGCUGCACCCGAGACGAGGUGCGCUGAUGGUGCGAACGAUACCAGCGAUGGCGAUCGGUAUUUCGGUGCUGAUCGAGUGGCCGAUGCCGCCAAUGGUCCCGGUGUUGCGAGAGAAGACGGUGACGAUUGCACCGCCAAUGACGUGUCCGGCGCCGAGGCCGAUCGAAACGAACCGGUCGACACUUACUUUUCCGACCAGAGGAUUCAGAUACCGGACAAUGACGUGCACAGCACGGGCUUCAGCUUCAGGAAAUUUUGGGCCUUCACGGGACCGGGUUUCCUCAUGUCCAUAGCCUUCCUGGACCCCGGGAACGUGGAGUCCGACCUGCAAGCCGGGACCAUAGCCAGUUACAAGCUGUUGUGGGUCUUGUCGGGCGCGACCCUCCUCGGACUGCUCAUGCAGAGGUUGAGCGCGCGCCUCGGCGUCGUUACCGGCCUCCAUCUGGCGGAGAUGUGCCAUCGGCAGUUCAGGACAGCGCCAAGGAUACUCCUGUGGAUCAUGACCGAGAUCGCCAUCAUUGGCAGCGACAUGCAGGAAGUCAUUGGAACCGCCAUCGCCAUUUACCUCUUGUCCAGUAAAGCGUUACCCCUGUGGGCGGGCGUGCUGAUAACGAUUUUGGACACCUUUACCUUUCUCCUUCUCGACAAGUACGGGCUCAGAAAGCUCGAGCUACUGUUUGGAUUUUUCAUCACCGUCAUGGCCGUGAUGUUCGGCUAUGAGUACGCAGUGUCGGCACCCCCUACCGGCAAAGUGGUCAAGGGACUGGUGGUACCCUGGUGCGAGGGCUGCGACAAACGUGUCCUGCUACAGGCCGUCGGUAUCAUCGGUGCUAACGUACAGCCGCACAAUCUCCACCUGCACAGUGCCCUCGUCAAAUCUCGAGAGAUCGACCGGAGGGAACCCCGUCGAGUCAGGGAGGCCAACAGGUACUUUUUCGUGGAAGCUGCCAUCGCCCUGUCAAUAUCGUUCUUCAUCAACCUGUUUGUCAUGUCCGUUUUCGCCCAAGGCCUCUUCCAAAGGACCAAUUCCGACGUCGUGAAGCUCUUCCCCGAUGAUGUAUCUUAUCUUUCGUCAUUCGUACAGAACAACACCAAGCCGGUGAGCGCGGACUUGUACAACGGUGGGGUCUACCUGGGCUGUAGGUUCGGGAUCCAGGCCAUGCUCGUUUGGGCAGUGGGCCUCCUUGCCUCGGGCCAGUCGUCGACGAUGACGGGAACCUACGCCGGCCAGUUUGCCAUGGAGGGCUUCCUCAACCUCCACUGGCCCCGCUGGAGGCGCGUCCUCCUCACCAGGUCCGUGGCCAUUUUGCCGACCUUCCUCGUGGCCUUUUACACGAACGUCGAAGCCAUCACCUACUUCAACGACGUUCUGAACGUCCUGAUGAGCCUCCAGCUGCCCUUCGCCGCCCUGCCCGUUAUAGCCUUCACCGGCAACUCGAGGAUCAUGGGGGAGUACAAGAACGGGCUGUUCAACAAUGUGGCAGCCACGACGCUUUCGCUGGCCGUUAUCGGCAUCAACGUGUACUUGGUCUACACGAUGGUCCUGGCCGACCUGACGGGACUCGGGGUACUGGUGGUUGUGGUGGUCGCGGUGUUUUACUUGCUGUUCUGCUUGUACCUGAUUAUCUACCUCGCCAUCGGCGUGGGGGCUACUUCGCUCAACAAGUGCAAGAUCAUCUCCGAGUAUGUCCGAGGACCGAUGGACGGGUCGCUCUUGGAAUAG